GGUUAGAACGUGCGUCCCCACUGUUUCCUUUUCUUUUUGCGGAAUCAGAGAUGAGCCGCCAUGAGUCUACGUAUAUGGACGUUAACCCGCGCGUCGGUUUUCGCCGUUUAUCGCGGCGCAGCAGCCGCCGCCGUUCGCUCGCGUCGUCACGUGACACGUCGUCUCCAAAGCGGUCCGGUUUCGAGGCUAAAGCAGGAAGAGCCGCCAUGAUGGUCUACGACCCUGAACAUUAAUCUAAAGGCUAUAGCAUACAAUUGAAAUAGGAGAGAAUAAGGAAAAAAUAUCAAAAUAAUGGAUUUAAAAAGACCUUCCGCUAAAGAUACCGAAGAUGAUUUGCUUAAAAUGCAGCAGGAAUUUUUGUCGACAAAAAGUAAACCUGCUGCUCAAAUUGUAAAUAAACGGAAAAGCAAAGAUGAAGAAUCUGUUCAUACUAACAAAAGUGAAUCAAAAAAAGUAAAAUGUGAAGAUUUAGAUGAUAUGCAAACUGAUCCUCAUCCAGUUAUGAUUGAAAAUCAUGAUAUGGAAGCAGUGGAAGUUCUAGCUGAUAUAAUGGAACAUGAUGUUAGCAAGUUAGUUGCAACACCACCAUCUUCUGUUUCUGUAUCUUUUCCUAAGACAUUCAUAUAUGAUAAAAAACUUAUCUGUGAAAGAAAAAAAAAGAAGAGUUUAUUUGCUAUGCAAAUGGACAGAGAUAAAUCUUCGUCAGUGAAAUCAAAAACCCAGAAAUUAAAAAAUAUUUCUAAUUUGUAUGAAGGAACUGUAAUGGAUGGUACAGGUUUGAGAAAUAAGGAUGAAGCAUUACAGAUUCAUCAAGAAAAUUUGGAAAAAUUAUCAAAUAUGUCUGAAGAAGAAAUUUUUGCACAACAACAGUAUCUUCUUAAAAAACUUGAUCCUAAUGUUGUGGAAUUUCUGAAAAACAGAAAGAAGCAAUUACAGAGUUCUGAAAUUAAAUUGGAAUGUAAAGGUAUAUGUAAUAUAUUUUUAAUAUUUUGUAUAAAAUUAUUGUAUAUACAUAAAAUAAUAUCCAAAAAGAAUCAAUAAAGUCAUUUAUAACAGUCAUUAAUAACUUCUAGACAAUUUUUAAAACAAUUAUUAUUAGUUAGGUUUCAUUUGUAGUAUUACUAUGAUGAAGGUAGUGCUGAAUGUUGAAUUUUGUACCAGAGUACUUGA